UGCCGGCGAGACGCAAUGCAUUCUGGGAACCGGGCUCGAGGGACGCCAAUCGCCAUACUGUGUGUUACUGGACGUGUAGGGGUCAGUGGAGAAUCCUUCAAAAUGACAGCUAAGGUUGAUAUGAGUUUGGAAGACAUCAUCAAAGCAAACAAGAUUAAGCCCGGGAAUCGAAGAGGAGGAAUCAGAGGUGCUAGAGGAGGCCGAGGACGCGGCGGAGGACUGCGUCGAGGAGCUGCUGCAGGAGGCGGUGGAGGUGGAGGAGGACAGACCCGCGGGCGAGCGAGCGGCGGCGGGCGGCCCUUCGUGAGCAACAGAGCAGGAUUCGGACAAAGGGGCAAUGUUGAGGGUCGCUGGAACCAUGACAUGUAUCAGGGAGGUGGAGGAGGUGGUGGUGGCCGCAUUCAGCAGUCAGGUCCCGCCAAGCUGUUGAUCUCAAAUUUAGACUUCGGCGUGUCUGAUUCAGAUAUCCAUGAAUUGUUUACAGAAUUUGGAACAAUAAGAAGUGCAGCAGUUCACUAUGAUCGUUCUGGAAGAUCUCUUGGAACAGCUCAUGUAUCAUUUGAACGACAUGCUGAUGCCAUCAAGGCCCUUAAACAGUACAAUGGAGUACAGCUUGAUGGCAGACCAAUGAAUAUCACCAUGGACGGUGGUGCCAGUGCUGUGAGGAACACAGCACCUGUCAAGAGACUUGCACAAGGACCUAGACCCAUUAGUGGGGCCAGUUAUGGUGGUCGGGGGGGCCGUGGUAUUCGCGGCAGCAACCGAAGAGGGAACACCAGAGGAAGUACUCGUGGUGGAGGCCGAGGCAGAGGAGGCAUGGGUGGGCGGGGGGGCAGGAACCAGGUUGUGCCCACCGCUGAAGAAUUGGAUGCCGAGCUUGACGCCUAUGUCAACCAGGUCAACAAGUGAGGUAAUUGGUGGCCAGGAGUGGAGGCCUUCAUCAUCAUCAUCCAUCAUCUGGGUACUGUUGUGGUGGCGCCGACGGUUUGCUACUGCAGCUGGUGGCAUGGUGCUUUGUGGCAUCACGGAUGGCAGCUCUGGUGUUGCCCACAUUGUGUGCUGCUGGGUGUGAGGACGAAGCGUGGGCCUGGCAAUAGUGGGGAUCUACUGGGAAGGGUUUUUUCUUAGUGAAUCGGUUAACCCAUGUAGGAUGGGAAAUGUUUAGUGAUGGAAAAUAUUUGAUGUGGAGGUUUACAUUAAAUUGAGAUUGGUGCAGAAUAAUGGCAAUGUAAGUGGUUGAACAAUGUUUUGUGAUUGCUUCUAUGUAUAGUAAAUAGAUGAACUAUGUGCUGAUCAUGUUGACUUUAUCCACAUAAAAGAGUGGAGGUCAUAUUAUUCAUCUGUCAACAAUGCAAGAAACACAUUCAACACAACACCAUCAAGAAACACACCUGUUCCUGUUAAGCAUCAAGAAUUGUCAAGAGUGGUAGUGCUGUGAUACUUUAUCUGCAAUUGCUCCUGAGAAUUAAAUAUGAAGAACAAGAUGACUAGAGUAUAAAUGAAAACCUGGCAGAUGAAUUAAAUACACAUCUCUACUUGGAAAAUUCUUUCAAACCCUGUAAACUAAGAAGUGAUUUCAAGAGAACUUAAAAUGACAUUGCACUGAAGAAGCUAAAGAACUAAAUACUAGGAGCAAUCUAAACUUGUGGAACAAAAUGAGCUCUUGGCUUCAGAUUUUAGAUUGUGGUCAUUAAUAUUUGUUUAUAUGGUCUGUGCCAAUUAAAUUUGUUGUACCUUAGAGUAAUUCUGAGCUGUUCAGCCGAUGGGAGUAACUGGAUUACACAAGAAAAGACACUCGUGGAAGUGAAUGGUUGAUACCAUGGAAUAGUGAACUGCUAUAAAAUCACCAUAGUGAUAUAGUAUAGAAAGAUCCUUGAGAAGUAAAAGGGCUUUGUGUAACAAAGUGACAAAUAUAAAUGUGUUUGAAAACCUACCCAAUGAUGGAAAUUGUCGCAGAGAGUCUUCAAGCAACUUGGGGUUAGUGAUUUGGGGAGUAAUGAGCCAUGGUGUAAUAGUGAGGGACCAGCAUAAACCCCUACAACGGCUGUGCCGAGAAUUGUGUGGUGUGGCGGCUACAGGCAACAGUCCCAGGUGCCUCGCCGAUCUGACCAACCAGCUUGCCAGCACCCAAGUAUCCUGUGUCUUGUUGUUUUUAGUAUACCAUGUCAAAAUAGAAGUGGUCAUGUUAUGCAGAGGAGCAAGUAUCUUUUAUUUCUUGUACAUUUAGUGGAGUGCCUAAAAUUUAAAUAUAAAGUUAAAGGCAGUCACUUUGCAAGAAACCACCUUUUGAGAAACUAAUUGUUUUUCCUUCUUUGACAGAUGUUAGUGUGUAGCAGCGUGUCUGGGAGCAGCAGCGCCAUGAUUGACAGUUUGUGGACUUGUGCGAGCAAGAAAAUAUAGUCUGUGCACUGUGUGUCUGCAUCAAAUAUUUUAUAAUUGUCUUAUAUACCAAUGUUAAUUUUAUUUUCAUUUUUAAGGAACCUGAGUUUGAAUGGCUAGGAGAUAUUCAUUGUCAUUCUGAUAGUAUUGUUUACUGAAAUCUUUUAUAGUGAUAAAUUUUUGUAUUAUGUAUACACUACAUAUAUUUUUGGUGCAAUUAGCCACAUUACUUUUAAGUUUGGAUUAAGUUGAUGUGGAAAAAAUUAUGUAGGUCAUAUUACUAGGCAGAUCAUUUCAUUUUUGAAGUACAAUACUCUAUGCCAAAAGCACCUUUUUUGUGAAUAAAAUCUAUAACAUUU